AUGGCAACUGUAGCGGCAGGGUCUCAGGCCGGCCAUGACACCUUCGAUGCGCUCAAUAUCGAGUACGAAAAAGCUUAUCGCGACAACACCUUCAAGAUUGCCGCCAUUAAGAAAGCAAUAACUUUGUUAGACCCCGGAUCGAAGGUUCUCGACGUGGGAUGCGGUACUGGGGUACCAGUUUCGGAGCUAUUGGCCGAAGCUGGAUUGGAAGUGGUUGGUUUCGAUAUUGCGCCUAAGAUGGUCGAAUUUGCUCAAAAAAGAGUCAAGGGUACCUUUUCCGUGUCGGAUAUGGUACAAUUUCAGGUUGAAGACACGUUUUCGGGCGUCUUUAUGAUAUUUGCUCAUCUGCAGCUUUCGUACGCAGCCGUUCAUGCGGCGGUGUACAAAUACGUUGGUCAGAUGCCGAGUGAUUCGUACGUUAAGGACGAAGGUAACGCAGCAUAUGAUGAAACAAGGACAUAUGUGGAGGACUAUGAUGCGCCAUUUAUGGGAGAACCGCUUCCGACUUUCAUGAUGAGCGAGCAGGGACAAAGGAACUUUUUGACAAGUAUGGGAUUGGAGAUUGUGAGCGAGACGAUCGACCAGUUUCAACCGGACAAUGAGAAAUGUGAGCCGGAAAUGCAGCAAUAUAUCAUCGCGAGAAGACCUGUGGAUGGGAAGAUUGUGGAGCCACAGCCACUCCCACAGAAGAAGUAG